UCUGGGAACGCGGCCGAAUUAUGGGCGCACGAUGCGCGUGCGCGGGGCUGGAGCCGCUGACCGUGGAGCUGGGUGGCGAUGGCAGCGGCGGAGCAGGCCUCGUCGGGGCCAGCGGCUUCCGAACCGCCCACGGAGCUGCCUGCGUCCGUACGCGCGAGCAUCGAGCGGAAGCGGCAGCGGGCGCUGAUGCUGCGCCAGGCCCGGCUGGCGGCCCGGCCUUACCCGGCGAUGGCGGCUGCGGCCACUGGAGGCGUGGCUAAUUUAAAAACAGCCCCCAAAAUAAUUGACACAGAAGGAGGCUUCAUUUUGGAAGAGGAAGAAGAAGAAGAACAUAAAACUAGAAAUGUUGUUCAUCAGCCAGGGCCUGUUAUGGAAUUUGAUUAUGUAAUCUGUGAAGAAUGUGGGAAGGAAUUCAUGGAUUCUUAUCUUAUGAACCACUUCGAUUUGGCAACUUGUGAUAACUGCAGAGAUGCUGAUGAUAAACACAAGCUUAUAACCAAAACAGAAGCAAAGCAAGAAUACCUUCUGAAAGAUUGUGAUUUAGAAAAAAGAGAACCACCUCUUAAAUUUAUUGUGAAGAAGAAUCCUCAUCAUGCACAGUGGGGUGACAUGAAACUCUACUUAAAACUACAGGUCUCUAACAAGUUGUUUAUUGUGAAGAGGUCUCUUGAAGUUUGGGGUAGUCAGGAGGCACUGGAAGAAGCAAAGGAAGCGAGACAAGAAAACCGAGAAAAAAUGAAGCAGAAGAAGUUUGACAAAAAAGUAAAAGAAUUGCGGCGAGCAGUAAGAAGCAGCGUGUGGAAGAGAGAAACAACUGCUCACCAACAUGAGUAUGGACCAGAAGAAAACUUAGAAGAUGACAUGUACCGUAAGACCUGUACUGUGUGUGGCCAUGAACUGACAUAUGAAAAAAUGUGACAUUCAGUUCAGUGACUUUUUUUUAACAGAAUUUUAUAUUUAAAUAAAGGAAAUUGAGAUUGGCUUUGUUCAAAAUUCACUAUGUGGUCUUCAUAGAUGAAAGAAACUUUAUAAGUAAUGCUUCAGUGACAAUUAUAGAUGUCAUGGCUUAGGAACAAGUUCCAGUUAAGGUCCAGCUGGUCUGUUGAGAGAAAUGUCAGGUGUGUGGGAGAUGAAUGGUAAGAGCAGGUUCAAAAGUGGCAGGUCACGGCUACACAUCGAGGAACAAGAGGCUAACCCUAGUUUGGGGCAGGAGGAAAAGUUUCCAAAGAGGGCUGAAGCUGACUAUACUCAACCCAAGAAACGGGGAAUGGCAGUAUGCUGCUGUACCGCAGUCGGGCCAGGUUUUUAGGAACUACUGUUACCUCUAAGACAACAAAGUGGGAAGCCAUUGCUGGGACAAGUGCUGGCUUAUUGCAGGAAUAAACAAAGAACUGCCAGAGUCUGAUCAUGUUUUCUUAUACCCUAAGGGCCUAUUUCUGUAGGGCUUCACACACAGACAGCUCUUCUAAAUGCUGGGUCAAAAUGGAAAAGUUUUUUUGUUAAAGAAGGUAUUAAUUCGUUUAUCAUAAGUACUGCUAAGUGCCAUACAGGUAUUCUUGUUUAAUCCUGGGAGGGAAGACAGCUUGCUUCCAUGCUUAUUUAGCACUUCUCAGGGAGGGAAGCUCAUCCACCACCUCACCUCACCCCAGGCAUUUGGCAAGUUUAGCUACUCAGAUUUCCCCUCAGUCUUGUCAAAAGGAUUACCAAGUAGUUUGACUUCAGGGUCUAUAUGUCAUUAUUUUGACAAAAAAUUCAAGUUGAGAUAAACUGGACAUUUUCAAGUUAUUGUUUGACAUGAAUUUGUAUCCACUGCUCCAGACAGAAGAAAUAGAAGUUUGUGCAUUUUCAUCUUCUCUUGAGACCAGCUGUUGGAGAUUAUACUUGGAAAAAGGCCAGAUUGAAAACAAGUCAAAUCCAAGUUAGGUCUUGGGACUAUAAUUCCUAAUUGUUCUUUAUAGACAUACUCAACACAGAAAUAUUCAGUGUAGUUUUCAAGUACUGAUUUUUUUUUGUAUGUGCUAUGCUAAACAUCACAGCUAAGUAAAAAUAGAUUCUGAAUGGGCAGCUAGAUUCUAUGUGAGGAAAAAGGUCCUAGCCUGAUGACGAGUCACUGGGGGUUCAGGCUGUGGCUGAGAGCACUGUUACAUUGUGGGGGUUAAGGAGCUCUUGAGCCACAUGUUUUGAAGUUUAAAUUCUACUUCCUGGCUAUGGACCCUGAGCAAACUUCUCCAUGGGCUUGUCUAUCUGUCAAGUGGGCAUAAUCAUCUCAGAGGACUGUUGUAAAGAUUUAAUAUGAUGAAUCUUUAAUAGCAAUUAGAUACUGAGCACUUAUUAUCAAGGCUGAUAUAGAGAUUUGUCUAGUUGAGGUGUUUCUAUUCAUUCUUUAUCUUAAUCAAUGAAGAUAAUCCCAGUAUACCGAUACCACUGACAGCUAAAUCCACUCUGCCGGGUUGGCAAGGCUUCUUUUUAUCCUUCAUUUUCACAGAUCAGGAAAAGAGCACAUGUUCACUUUGACAAAAGCAUGUUAAAUGGCAUCAGUACCACUUAGCAGAAUUUACUGUAUGGUAUGAUGUACACACUGCCCUUUUGUCUUGUGUGAACCUCACUAGUGGGGAGAGGAACUGUUGAAUGUUUGCUCUUGUAUCUUUCCUUCUUCAAAAUUCAAUACCUAUUCCAGUUUUUCUAUACAACUGCCUGACUGGGCAGAGCAGGGUCACAAUCAACCAUUACCUAUGAAGAGAGGAUCAAGAGAAAGGAAAUGAAAACCUGUAAAUUUCUCUAAAAAGAUGAUUAAUAAUUAGCCAGACUUUGUGCCUUGUGAAAAGAUUACAAAGCAGUUUAAGGUCAAAGUUACCAAUGCCUUAAUUAGUUACACUUUGGCUUCUUGAGGGAAAGGAGCCAUUUCAAAUUAGUCACAUGGUGUUCUAUGUUUAAGUGAUGGGAUAGAGGAGCAGGUGUAAGUAAGGGAAUAUUGAGCCUAGAACCUGCCAUACAACCCUGACCUACUGAGUACUUAUUUCUUGCCUUAAAUUUUAUGGGACCUUUAAAAUUCUAAGAAUUCCCAUCUAUUGAGUGGAUUAUUUGAGUGACCAUUAAAAUGUAUAGUAACCUAAUGAGACCAUAUAGCCAAACAAGGAAAAUGCUUAAUACAUCAUAAACUUAGGUAAUAAAAAAGAUACCUAUGUUGUAUAAAUGCACAAAAAUACUACCAAUAACUAGAAUUAUUAUUAGUUUUCCUAAGGUUUAAUGAAGUGUAAAAAUCCUAGAAAUUUGGAAUGUGAGGUAAUUCAUUAUACUUAAGUAUUAUUUUUACAAAACGCUCUCAUUUUAUUUAAGCCUCAAUACCAUACAGGAAAUAGGCUCAGGAAUUAGUUACUGAACCAGGAUUCAUACAGAAAAACCCAAACCCACAUCUAAUUCCAAGUGCAGUUUUAGUCAAUCUAUCUCCUUGCAGUUCCUCAUGAGCAUGACCUUUGUAUAGAGUUUGGACAAAUCUUCUGAGGCUAUAGGAAAUGACCAGAUGUCCUAUGACAGUGGUUCCCAAAGUGGAAUCUUCUGGGGAGGCUGAAGAACUGAUGGUGUCUGUAUUCUACCUCCAGACACACGGCUUAAGUUUUAAAAUAACUUUAGAGAUUCCAGGUGAUCUGUAUUCAGACAAACUUAGGAAUCAGUAUUCUAAAUAGUAACACUUUUUUUGCCGUACUGGGGCUUGAACUCAGGGCCACUCCGCCAGGCCUAUUUUUGUGAAAGGUUUUUCAAGAUAGGGUCUCGUGGAACUA